AUAUUGGUGGCCGCUGCUCACGCAAGCGUACUCCUACUGGUAAUAAUGGCGUCUCCGGAGCCUCAGCCUCGCUUUGGUCAAUCAGUUAAGGGCUUACUUUCAGAGAAAGUGAGCUCCUGCAGCGGCGAUGUGAUUGCCCUAACAAGGCAGGUGCUAAAGGGUUCCAGGAGUCAUGAGCUUCUUGGUCAAGCUGCUCGCAAUAUGGUGAUGCAGGAGGAUGCCAUACUGCACUCUGAAGAUAGUUUAAGAAAAAUGGCAAUUAUCACAACCCAUCUUCAGUACCAGCAAGAAGCCAUUCAGAGAAAUGUUGAGCAUUCAAAAAAUCUGCAGGACCAGUUGACACAUCUUUUGAAAUAAACUUAAAUGUGGAAAGUUUACAGAGUGACACAUCGAGCUGUCAGUGGUGGCUUAGUGUCUGGAAGUGGCACAACAUUCAGACAGGACAAGAUGAGUGUGUUAGAGCUUCCUGUGAAUAUAUCGUGUGUAUUC